AUGAUUUAUACAGGUAAAAAGUAAAGAGCUACGGAGAAAGAAACAAAAGAAAAUAAAUUAGGAUAACUCUAAAAAAGUUAGGCUAAAUAAGUAGAAUAGUUAACUUUGAUAUAUGAUGUGUUUUAAAAAAAUUUGCAUCAGUUUGCAGGAAAAUAUAGAGAUGAGAUCUCAAAGAAUCCUGAUUUCAGAGAAAAGUUUAAUGAAUUAUGCGAUAAAAUGGAUGUCAACCCAAUGAUGUCGAAAAAGACUAUAUGGAGUGAUUUAGGUUUUGGAGAUUUUUAUAAUGAGUUAGCUGUAAAUAUUGAUAAUAUGAAAAGAUUAAAAUUCUAGACAUUUGUGCAAAAAAAUAUGCCAUUUAUGGUGGAAUUACUAAAAUCACUGAUAUAAUUGAUGAAUUUAGAAAGGUCNAAAUAAUUAAUUUUAUAUAAAAUAAAUAAAGUAUGCUGCAGUAAUAAUCAACAAUUAAAAGAAUAAAAGGACAUUCUCCUUAGAGAUCACCAGGUAAAUUCUGUUCAAAUUUAUUGAAUAUUAGUAAUAAAUUUGCAGGGACAGGUGGAAGUAUUAAUAUAUAAGUUAUAUGACAUUUAGUGUGUUCAUCAUUAGCUCCAAAGAAAAGUUAAGCUCCAUAAAAAGUACCAAAAUCAGGGAUCUUUUAAGCUUUGCCUAUGAUUGAAUAGACUUUAUUUAAAAAAUAUUAUGAUCGUGGAGAUCUUCCAAUUGCUGUUAAUUUUAGUGGAGCUGUUAGAAAGAUCGUUUGGAAAUGUGAACCUGAAUGCUUAGAUUAUCAUUUAUAUCUUCCUAUAUUCUUUGAAGGACUCAGAGAAACUGAAGAUCCUUAUAAAUUCUUAGCUGUCAAUGGAUGUGAAGAAUUAUUAUAAAAAGGAGAAACUAAGAUAUUAUCAGUCUUACCUUAAUUGAUCAUUCCUAUCAAAAGUAAAUCAUUUAUAAUAUUAACAUUCUUUAAUAGAAGCCUUAGCAACUAAGAAUCAUGAUAUUAUGUGUAUUACCUUAAAGAAAAUAUAGAAAUUAGUCAAAAGUGGUUAAAUGAUAGGAGAAGCCUUAGUUCCUUAUUAUAGAUAAAUACUACCUGUUUUGAAUAUGUAUAAGAAUAAAAGAUGUAAUAUUCAAUUAUCAUUUAUUUUAGUAAACAUUGGAGAUAAAAUUGAUUAUUCAUAAAGAAAAAAUGAAAAUCUAUCUGAUCUCAUUUAAGAAACAUUAGAAACACUUGAAAAAAAUGGAGGAGAAGAUGCAUACAUUAAUAUUAAAUAUAUGAUACCUACAUAUGAAAGUUGUAUGUUUUGA